CAUGGGCUGGGCUGUCAGCUGGAACUGCUCUUACGCCUAUCCAUUCAUCACCAUCACACCUCUUGGACUCUAUUCGUCCAAAAAAAUCCUCCCCGAACCCAAUAUCUUCCAAGAGACCAAGAAUCAAACGUGGGCUCAUCAACUAUAGCACUCGAUUGCUCGUCUGCUAUCGGCGGUCAGGUGCUGUUGUGUAGCAGCGACGUCGUCUAUCAGCUUCUUAAUAUGGACGCGGUCGCUGCAAAAACUGCCCGGGAAUCUCUAGACCUAGCAUUUCAGAUGUCCAACAUUCUUGACACAGGGCUUGAUCGUCACACCCUCUCCAUCCUCAUUGCGCUAUGUGAUUUGGGUCUCAACCCUGAGGCUUUGGCUGCUGUUGUCAAGGAACUCCGAACAGAACUGGUUCCCCUUCCGCCAUCAGAUGCUGCUCAUGCUAUUCCUUAAACUGGACCUAUGGUUUUACUUCAGUCAUUGAAGUGGAAGCAAUGCGACUGAAGAAUGGACUUAUUUGGGCUAAAAAGUCAAGAUUAUCUUGCUUAUGCGUUAAGGGCAUUCUCAAAGUGUAAUCAAUUUGUUAAAGGGCAAUCAACAUUCUCCGCGACGCUUGUUUUCGUUUUAUGGAUUGACAGACUUUCAAGUCAUUCAAACUCGUCAUGUGUUUGGUAAUGCAAAUUGCCUAAUCUGAGUCAACAGCUUGAUAAUCUUCCAAAUAGUGAGGCAAUAGAAUUGUUGUAUGAUAUAUUAGGGGUCCUCUUUCAAAUUUUACUUUAAGUCAUUAGAAAGGAAAAAAUAAUAAUGGAAGUCACUAAAUAGGAUUGUGAAAAUA